AUGCCGAAGCGAGGUAGAGCAACCUCAACCGACGCGUCAUACGCCGCUGAGCACGGCGUUGUGGAGGUAAGCGACGCGGACAGCCCAACCACGCAGCCGAUCAGCGUGGAGGAGAUGAUGGAGUCUCAGCGGGAUCCUCUGCUAGAGCAGCAGCUGGACGCACUGGAGGUGGACGAGGACUUCCGUGAAUCCAUUCGAGCUAUGACGCCGAAUACGCGCAGAGACGUCUUGAAUGACAUCAUCCGCCAUCAGCAACACACCGAGAUUGAAGAGGGCUUGAUGCGAGGCUUCCAUGUAGGCGACUUUGGCAGCGCGGGGCCGCUCUUCACGUUUGGCGCGGGUAUACCACCUGGCAUGCAUCAGGUGCACAUGAUGGGUGGCUCUCAGGGGGAUACUGACGCUGACGACUACGCUGACAUGAUGGGCGAUGUUGAGGAGGAGGAAGAGGGCGAACUGCACGACUCCGAUAGACAUGCGGCGGUCGAGGAGGACGAGGAGGCGGAGACGGGGUUCACAGUUGAGAGGCCGCCAUUUUUACUGCGCGGCAUGGCAAUGGGCUCCAUCGACAAUGCCGGGAUGCCGCAUGUACAGGACCUUGGAGGACAGUCCCCGCAGCAGGCGGGAGCGCCACCGUCCGUUCUCGAUAUUCUCCGACUUAUUGCCGGGCACAGCACACCGCAGGCUCGCAGUCGCGGCGGCGAUGGCCUCCAUCACCAGGGCCGCGGCUCGGGCCAGCGCACCGCCUUCGAGGAGGGCAUGAUGAACCUCCACAACCUCAUCGGUGUGCUGCAGCAAGCUAAUGUGAUGCAGUCCAUGGGCCUGGACCAUGACAUCGACGAUAUGACGUACGAGGAGCUACUGGAGUUGGAAGAGCGCAUCGGAAACGUCAGCAAAGGCGUACCACCGGCCUUGCUCGACAGCUGCAUGGUACCGCUGCGAAGCACAUCGGCCGACGCUGGCACGUGCGCCGUCUGCCAAGAGGAGCUCAGCGGCACCUCCGCUACGGCCGCGGCCGCGGCCAGCGCCGCACCCACCGCUACCUCGCCUAGCGGCACGGACAAGGCGUGUGUCAAGCUGCUCAACUGCCCUCAUGCGUUCCACAAGCCAUGCAUCAACCAGUGGCUAACCCAGAAUAAGACAUGCCCCAUCUGCAAAGUGGAGGUGUUGCCGAAGCCAGCGCCGUCGUCGUCCUCGGCUCCUUCGUAG